AUGAGCGCCAGCGAUUGCGACGCCCCCAAGCCCAAGGGGCGCAGGGCCGCGGCGGCGGCGGCGGCGGCGCUCGCCGCCAACGCCUCGUUAGAAGCCCCUCCGAUACCGCGCACUGCCACCAACUCUUCCGCCGUCUCCAGCUGCUCCGCGGCUUCCGCCGCCUCCGCUCCCCCGAGCGCGCUGAAAGGGGUUCCGCCCGUGGGGGGAUCGCGGGGGCACAGCAGGAGCCGCUCGCACGGGGGGUUGUCUGGGCGGCUUCUGUCGCGCCUGGCGCAACAGCCUGGCGCAGAGCUCCCCGCCGACGCGGGCGCUGGCGCUGCUGCUGCUGCGCCCUCCGCCGCUACCUCUGCUGCUGCAGGCGCUGCUGCUGUGCACUCGAGCGCUGACUGUGGUGCUGUGGAAGGGGGUAAGAGCGGGGGAGGAGGCGGGCGUGCGGAGGGACUCCCCAUGCUUCCGCCGCCUGACGCGCCUCAGAUUGUAAAGUGCCAGAGUUGCAACAAGUCACUGGCAGUGCCGCCCAACCUGCCGCCGCCCGGCAAGGGCUACCAGCGCCUGCGCUGCGGCAAGUGCCUCCACAUCUCCAAAUACGCCCUCUACUCUCCCCCCUCUACCGCCGCCGCCACUGCUGCUGGUUCCGACCUGGGGAGAGUUCACAAGGAGGAGGGGGAGGGGCGGGAGGGAGAGGAAAAGGAGGCAGAAGAGUAUGGGAUGGCUGGGGCGAUGGGGGGCCCCAUGGGGGCCGCGGGGAUGAUGGGGCCGCUGGGCGAGGAGGGGGGCUACAGCCGGCGUGUGGUGGUGAACAGUGUUCCCAUCACCGACCCGGCUGUAGCGCGCGCUGAGGAGCUGGCUGGCCCCAUCCACCCCGGCAGCUACUGGUACGAUGUGCAUGCUGGCUUCUGGGGAGUCAUGGGAGGGCCCUGCCUCGGGAUCAUCCCGGCGGGCAUCUGGGACUUAGCAUUGGCACCGCUGCUGCGGCACUGCUCCAACGGGCACACACGCGUGCUGGUGAACGGCCGGGAGCUGCAGCGGCGCGACCUGGACAUCCUCAUGCAGAGGGGCCUGCUCGACCACCCCGGUGCCGCCUAUCUGCUGGACAUUCACGGCAACCUUGCGGACGCCACCAACGGGGAGCCCCUGCCCUGCCUUGGGAAACUUGCCCCCUCGCUGGAGCUCAAGGGCAGGGGGGCAGGGAUGUACGUACCCAAACAGCCCACAUAG